AUGUGGCCCAUAUGGCUAAUCAUUGUGAUUGCGGUGGUGGGCGCGGCAAUACUCACCUGUACCGGGAUCUUGCUUGCAAUUACUCUGGAGCGACGCCGACAUCGCCAGAUCUUGAGAGCCCAUGGAUUGACUCGGGGUCUCAGCAAAUAUCACCGCCCGAAGCUCAGCGCCUGCGAACAGAACUACUCUCACGUUACACAUCCGACUACGCCCUUAAGGCGAAGCGUGCAGCUCCCUUUCGGUAUCAUAUCUAUUGGGGCUGAUAGCGCUGGGGAGGACGAAGAGAAGCAGCUCACCACCGCGGCUGAUUCCGUCGAGGACUAUAUCGAAGUGCUGCGACCCAGGAGCAAAAGGGGCAUACUGCGACCUUUCUCUGGGCAUCCGCUCUAUAUUCCAAAGACGCGCCGACAGGGAAAGCUAAGGAAGGCUGUACCUUUGGACCGGAUCCACAAAUCCCCUCUUUCCGCAAUCACGGAGUUCAGUGAUCCUUCGACAGGUGUAUCACCAGUCACGCCUGAAUUUCCAGCGGAGCCCACCACGAUUGCCACAGAUGAAAAGGCGAAGUCGCAACCAGAAAACCAUCCUUCCACUCAAUGGCCCUUGAGUAAUAUAAGCACGAGAUGCUCUGAUAUCUUACCUACCGAAAUCACGUCGAUAGCAGCCCGGGAAAGUGUCCUCAUGAGGAAGGGGGUUUCAAAACACAGGCAAGCCACAGGUCCGCCGUCGGCAACAGUUCCUCGCUCAGUCAGCGCAGGGAGCAUGGCUUCCUUGGCACCUGAUGAGCCCUUACCCCCCUUGCCGACAAUUCAGGCUCCAAGACAUCUCAAGACAAGAGCCUCGACGACCAGUUUGGACACAGUUGGCAGCUCGGUCUUGGGGGUGUUCAUGAGUUCGCUUGCGAACAAUGGUACCGAGCCCAGCGCUUCUAAACCUGAACUGAACCUACAACCUGCUACCCUAGGACUGGGACGUGACCGCGAAUUCUCGGCUCCGAGGCUACAAGCGCCCCCAGUCAAACAAAAAAUACAUGGUCUUUGUGUCGGCCAGCCGAGCAUUCGAUCUCUUCAUCCGACCGUCGAUGUGGACGAGCUAAGCCCGAGUAGUACCACUAACGUCUCACACGCUCCGCCAUUCCCGACGAUCAUCGUUCCAGAUGAAUCGUUCAAAGUGAUCGAUGCGAGUGGCUGGGACCUACCGCCACUCAAAGUCGGUAAAACAAGACUUCCGUCGAGUCGACCAAAUCGACAUUCGAUGAUCGAACACUCGAGAAUCGCCGACUACCGAGCCGUCAGUGACUCAGCUACAAGCAUACUUGGCACAGAUGGAGAUGUAUUUUCUGUCCCGGAGGCUCCUAAGAGGCCCAAUUCGGUGGCCACUGGGAAUCCUUUGAGAUGGGACCGACAAGGUAGCUUUGCAACAAAGCGGCAUUCUCUAUCCUCUUUGGACGGACCGAGGAGAGGACACAGACGGCAGAACUGCGUUCGGAUAACUAACCUGCCUUGUCUGGAUCUGAGGGCAAACGGCGCCAUGCGGCUGCCAGAGCUCAAAGAAGAACAGCAACAGUUAGCUUACGCCAGUACAUUCGAGGCCGAUGAGUCGGUCCACGGGUUUGAGAUUAAGCAACCACGACCGACAUUCAAAAUGGGGCAAUCAGAGACGUCCACCAAAUCAUCGACAACGCCAAUACCUUCUCCUUUUCGAAAUCCACCGAUCCUAACGCCUACACCACGUCCUGCGCGGAAACAGUACAUACAACGCCCCGAUAGUGCGGUUUCAGGCACACCCAGACCAGAUUCCGAGGUCUUCGAUUUCAGCCAUAUAGCCACGCAAGUGCCGAAGCGUUGCAAUAUAUCACCCUGCCAGUGGCCACUCUCGCCAUGCUCGAGACCCAAUGUUCUUCUGAGGGAGACGCCGCCUUCAUCGCAGGCGUCGGCGCGAAUUCCUUUUGAAUCGCCCACCUUGCCUUCUCCUGCGCUAAACUCGGCGUCCCUUUAUCCUCGCAAGUCGCUCGUCAAGGGCCCACGCGGCCCUCGGAAUUCCAGUCAUAGCAGCAACGCGCCUUCUGCGAGUCCACUGCAAAACAAAAUUGGGCCCAGCUACCGGGUCACAAAGGCCCGUGACUCUAGCGGUCCGGGAGACUUCGCUGUUCGGAAAUCAGUCAUGAUACUGCGAGGCAUGGACUCUGAGAGAUCUCUGCUUGAACAUCGGAGGACCAAGACUUCCAAUCCUACCGUAGCCGAAUAUGAAAGUCCCGACAUCAUCGCGAUGCCGUCUCCGCUGAUGAACAAACGUGUUAUGGGUCUCCGCAGCACAAGCUGUACACCAUCCGCGACGAGCACGCCCCGCUCUGCGCCAUUAGACAGGCAGCGAGCCAGUCGCGGCUCGAGUCCGUUGGCUCGGUCGGGCUCGAAUUCGAAUAGGCAACCCCAAAGCAGAGCGACAGCAGCACGGAUGUCUUUGAACAGCGACCACCUCGAGCUUCCACCACCAGUCAUGUGCGUGUCGCCGUCCGUCAUGUCUGUUGGCGACGGCUCCAUCUGGGAAGACGUCAGUGUGCGUGGUGACAGCCCCGAGCCUGAAAUCCACGUGGCUCCACUGGCCUUGCGGCCCAGGACGGACCACAACCAGCAACAACGGUAUCCAUUGACAUCGACAUCACAAGCUCGGGGAGGUGGCGAGGAUCUGUUCAAUACACAAGGAAACGGGCAGUUCCUCGGCCCACAUGCACCUUUUGUGGGAGCUGACACUGAAAACGCCUCGCGUCUGGUGCAACAACUCGAACGGGCUGUGAGCGGGGAACAGUGGAACCAGAAGGAUAUCGUCCAUCCCAGCGAUGACCCAUACGUGAAUGUGGCUCCAAUGCGGUACGAUGCACGGGGUCAACGAGACUUGGAUAUCUUCCAACAACUUCCGAAUCACAACAGGAAGGAAAUCGGGCUGGGCUUGCGGCUCGGUAACUCCACGAUGCGGAGUACAUAA